GUCGCUCUGGCCCGCGCGUAGGCCAUAGAGAGGGGAAGGCUUCCGGGUCACUCGCUCGGCGCCGCUUUCUUCCCCACAGAGAUAAGAAAGUGUAGAAGGAGCCCGAAUAGGCAGUUUCCGGGGUUGUUCCUCACUCCCCCCCCCACGCGGGUUUAAAUGAUUAUUAACAUUUGUGUUUUCGGGAAAUAGACCAGAGUUUGCAGAAAGCUUUGGAUGACGCAGGCCGCUUAUUUAUUCGGAUCGCUUCUUGCCCGCCUUUGGGCCGCGGAGUGAACCCGGAAUAUGCUUCUCAGGGCGACUCUUCCCUUUUGUUCCCUCUUUGUUCACGUCCCUCUUCGGGUUGCCGCGGUAACUCCAGUCAGAUUCUUCCCCGCCCACUUCAGGGCCCGAGCGGUCAUAUGACCAGCGGCACUUCCAAGAUGGCGUCCUCCCUGAAGGUGGGACCUGCGCUGCGGGGCUUCCUGCGGGGCUCCGAGGGGCAGCGGCUGCCGGAGGAGCUGCGGGCCGAGCUGGAGGCGGCCCUGGCCGAAGAGGAGCCCCGCGUGUCCUUCCACUUCGUCCGAAAGCUCCACCGAGCGCUGCGGGAGGCGGGUUCUCAAGUAUAUCUUCAUGAACUGCUGGAAGGCAGUGAGAUCUUCCUUCCUGAAGAGAAAAAGCCUCCCAGGAAUCCAGAAUUAGUAGCCCGGUUAGAGAAGAUCAAGGCCCAGCUAGCCAACGAGGAAUACAAGAAGAUAACAAGGAACAUCAACUGCCAGGAACUGAACCGAUACGGCACUUUGGCUGACCUUGGAAGGCAAGUGAGGUCCACCAAAGCCUUGGUUGUCACCAUCGUCAACUUCCUGGUCACUGUGGGAGCCACGUUUGCCUGCACCUACCUGGGCUCCCAGUACAUCUUCGUGGAAAUGGCACCGCGUGUCCUGUCCGCCGUGGUCGUGGCCUCCGUCGUGGGCUUGGCCGAGCUCUAUGUGAUGGUUCGGAACCUGGAAGGAGAACUGGGGGAGCCGUAGCCAAGGAGCCCUUCCUGCCUGGCCUUUCUCUCGGCCUGCUCUCUCCAUCCUUGCUGCUCCCCACUCAUGGCCGGGGAGGUGGGGCUCGGCCCCCAGAGGCCACCUGCAAAUCCCAGUACAAACUACCAAGGAGGAACAGGACAUUCUCAACGCAACUCUUGCAGCUACAGACAAGUCGGCUCCUUUUCCUUCCCCUGAGGCCUCUGUGCUUUUCCUUUCCCCAACAGGCCUCCCUUUUCUCUGGCACAAGUAAUCUGGUGUGUUUUCAGUAGUUUGGGGUUUUUUUCCUGCAGGCCCUGAAGCUGCAAAGGGUCCAGGACUAGGGGAUAGCAACUUCACACCAACAGGAGGAGAUUUUCCCUCGUGUUUCUGUCACACCCGCAAGCUGGAAGGUUGCUGUUUCCAAAGCGUUGGCCACCUGAGCUGGCAGUGCUAGAGAGGGUGCCCAUAGCGACUACUUUUGUUGCCCUUUGGCAAACACAAAGGGACACACCAUUUUGCUGUUACACCAAGCCCGGCAAGCAACCGUGAACGGCCGCAUCCUACCCCUUACAGUUUGGAGAUGCUCCCCCCCCUCCGCAAACCGCCAUCCCCCGGGUGUCGUCUUAAUGUAUAGAAAUCAACCUUUGUUGUGUGCAAUAAACGGAUCGGAAUCUGUUGAA